CCAAGAGUUUUUAUUCGGCGAAUCGUCUUGUCAGUUGAGUCGCUCGCUCUUCGCGGGCCGUCAAUUAGCGCCAUUUGCCAUUUGAACGGACAGCGGUACGGCGACUGGGAUUCGGUUCUUGGCGGAUACGGAUUCAGUGCUCUCGCCGCUGAUUCACUAUACAUAUGCGAUAGGGGGCCCUUGGCCACUCGCACUUGGCGCACUAAUCAGUUGCAAGACGAUCGAUUAGCGGAAAACAAGAGCCCGCCCGGUGCAACUGCCGCCGGAUUGCGAUUUUCCCGUAUCUCCUCCCAAAUCUCGAACUCUCUCUCUCUCUCGAAGAAAGCGAUUUUUAAUAUACGGAAUUCUUAGAUAAAUAAACAUAAAUAUCCAUCGAUACAGUUUUGAGCGAAAAGCGGGCGCGUCGAAAGUGAAAUAAAUAUUUUUCGAAUUACCUAAUCGACUGGCCAUUAACGUGAGAGGUUUGUGUGAGUGUGAGUGAGUGUCUCGAGUGCGUGGUGAAUAUAUUUUAUAUAAUACUCGUACGCGUGAGUCGAUUCGUUUCUCGGCCGAGAUACACCCGCAUUGCAUCGCAGAACGUCUGAGGAUUUGGAUUUGGGUUUCGAGGAAAUUACGCAAUGGCCGCCGGGGAGACGGCGCUAACCGGCGUCGGCGAGUUGCUCUUCUCGCUGCUGAUCACCUACUUUGGAGCCCUGGAGUUUGCCUAUGUGACCCGCCACCUCUACCACUGGACCUUCCGGCAUCCGGAGACCUCGGCCCUGGAUGCAGCCGCUGAUAGUGAAGAGCUGCCUCGGAUGCGCGAACGCUUGGAUAAGGAGAUCAAGGAGGCCGCCGAAAGGGAGGCCCUGGCAGGGACCAAUGUCAUGCAGGAUGGCGUUAUGUACAGCAAAGGCUUCCGGGUGGAUCCUGCCGGCGAGAAGAGAGAAGCCCUGGCCGCUGAGCUGGAGCGUCAGCAGCAAAUAGAGGCCGAGACGCGAAGACAGCUGGCCGAGGCAGAGGCCAAGUUGGCGGAAGAAAGGCAGCGGGUCAAGAGGCAGGAAGAGGAGGCCGAAGAACAGCAGAAGAAACUGAUAGAGGCCGAGAGACAGCGCGAACGAGAACAGGCCGAAAGAGAACGCGCGGCGGAGGAGAAAGAGCGACAGGAGAACGAAAGAAAGCUGAUUGAGGCCGAACGAGAGCGUGAGGAGAACGAACGUAGGAUACAUUUAGCUGAAGAGCAGCGAGAGCGUGAAGAGAACGAACGCAGAGUGAUCGCUGCCGAGCGUCUGAGAGAGCAGGCCGAAGCCGAAGCUGAACGACAGCGAGAGCAGGCCGAAGCGGAAAGACUGAGGGAACAGGAAGAAGCCGAACGGCAAAGAGUCCUGGCCGAAGCAGAGGAGGCGGCUGAGGCCGAGCGUCGAAUCUUCGAAGCCGAGAUCCAGCGAGAGCGGGAAGAAGCCGACGAUGAGGAAGCACAGGCCCGGCGAGAUGCUGAGAUCGUAGAACGUCUUCUGGCCGCCGAAAGAGAGAGUAAUAUGAGUGCCACCGAAAGCGAACUGGAGGAAGAAGCCGCCUUUGCCGAGCAAUCACGACGCCUGAUCUCCAGCAAAUCCGAUCUCGAGCAGAAGCAGCGAAUGAUCGAGGAGAAUGCCCGUCGCUUCCUGGAGGCCGAGGAGGAGAUGGUGAUGCUGCAGCAGCGCCAACUGAUGGCCAGGAACAGCAAGGAGGAGGCUGAUGAGUAUGCCGGCAUGGAACCCGUGGUGGAGGAGCUGUGCGUGAAGAAGGUGGCACCACCCAGAUUCCAAGAACCCGAUGAACCCCUUGUGGUGCAGAAGGUGAAAACGCAGUUCGGUCAGGGCAGUAGUUCCGAGGAGCCGUACUUGACCAAGUCCAAGACCCUCACCUUCCCUGGCGUCUCAGAUGAUGGAUCCUCCGUUGAGCCCAUUUCCAGCCAGCAAUCCUCGUCGUUUAGCACCCAACCUUCGGAUGAAACUAACCGAGCCGAAGGAGAACGCCCAGAGCCCGAAGGGGAAGACCAAAUAUCCGAUGUCCAGUACACCGAGGACUACCUGCGAUCCCUAGAUGGAAUCAAGAAUCGUCCGCUGGUCCGAGAAGAUGGCUCGGGCAGAAGAAGAGCCUUCAAGAAGCGACGCUCUAGUGGCAGUUCUAACUCUUCGCGAGACUCACGCGCCUCCCGCGACGAGGAGCUGAAGAUGUUCACCUCGCUGGAGGAGGAGGAGCUGCGCCACGGUGACCGGGAGGACUACAAUCCCAUCAAGUAUACGAGUGAACCAACUUUAAAGGUAAAGUCGCACCAUCGUCGCCAUAAAAGGAGUCCGGCCAAGGAUGUGAAGUCACCCUCGGAGGCAAGUGGAUCCCUGGAAAUGCUCGGCGAAGAGAGCACAAAUCCAUGGGGUGAGGUGGUACCAGAACACUACAAGGACACCGAGUUCUGGAAGCGGGAGAAAGCUCUCUCCAUAGACGAGGAGGAAAUCGAAAUGGAGAAGCCAUCCCGGGGCGAGGAUGUGGAGGACGAGGUCACCAAUGAGCCAAAAUCCUCUUCCUUCGAGGAGGCCACCGAGGCACAGAACGAAGAGGCUGUGGCAGCCCUAAAACAGCAACACUCCAAGGAGCAGGUGGAAACGGAUAAGGAAAAGGACAACUCGCAGACAACGGAUGCCGGCGACAGCAACAAAGCCAAUUUGCAAACCUCUUCCGCAACCGAGGAGCAAUCGAGGGGCGGCUCACCUGGCCUACGUCGCAGUCCGCGCAUCGAUGAGAUGGAUCACUACGAGGAGCGCUGGUCUGCCAGUCAGGAGCAGCAGCCGGAACAACAACAGCAGGCAACAGCAACGCCACGAACUCCCAUCAUCAAUGUCCAGCAACCGGAUACGGCUCCUUGGCGGGAUCAGUAUGGACUGCUCAUGGAGGGACUCAGCGACUUUUACGACUUUACGGCUUCGGUGAAUCCCUCGAGAUCUCGAUCCACUUCGCGUAAUCCCUCGCCGACUCCCAAGAAUGUGGCCAACCGGAUGGAUGUGGAUGCGGAGAAAUCUCUAGAAGUUUACGAUGAUACCCAGGAGGGCGUGCUGGCAGGAGAGCUGAACUGUGAAUCUGUUCUUCAACUUCUCGAAUCGAACUUAAAUGGAAAUGAAGCCCCCAACGAUCAACCACUGCAAGUGCAGACAGUGGCGGAUGAUGCUAGGAAUGGAAAUGCCGCUGUGCCCAUGGUAUACGAACCCUUAGAGGGAUCUACUCUGACUGCUCCCCAGCCGGAAAGAGGACGAGAGCCUUCUGUGGAGAGGACUCGUUCGAGAUCGAGAUCCCGUUCGCCGCUUCCCACCUCUGAGAAUCUGGAGAAGAGCAUUAACAAACGCAGGGAGCGGCUGAUCAAACAGAACGAUGAGCUGGCAGAACGAUUGUCCCACUCCGGAUCGGAAGCUUCCAUGGAAAUCGAAAUCAAUGGCAAUGGGAGACUAAGUCCCCAACAGGAAGUCAUCCUACCGCAGCCCGUAAUCGAGAUUAAUGACAUGGCUGAUGAACCCAUGCAAGAUGCAGAAACCUCACAUGAAGAAAUGCGACUCUUUGUGGAGACCCUGCGAGCGGAGCGGUGUGCUCAGUCCAGAUCCAGAUCCCGAUCACGUUCCCGUUCGCCUUUACCCACAGCCGACAAUAUAGAAAAGAGUUUGGAAAGCAGACGACUAAAGCGCAUUCAACACAAUGAUGAGAUUUUUGAGAAGCUGCACGAGCAAAUGCACUCGCCAGAGAUUAUUAUUGAGUCGGCUUCGCCACCAACAUCUCCGCUUCCCCUGCCCACGAUUUCCAUUGAAAUUGUGGAGCCACCACCGGAGGAAAACGAAGCAGAGCCCGAGGACACACCGGAGAGCAUGGCCAGAUUAUUCGAGAAACUGCGUCUGAACCGAGUUCGCUCCCAUUCUCGAUCCCGUUCCCGAUCUCCUCUGCCCACGGCUGCCAACUUGGAACAGAGUCUACAGAAGCGACGCGAGAAGUUGAUAGCUCAAAAUGAUCAGUUCUUUGAGGUGCUCCAGGAAAGAGCAAGGACACCGGAGCCGGAAACCCGCAUGACCGUGGAGUACGUCUACGAAUUUGUGCACGAGAAGGAUGAACAUAUUGUGGAAGGCCGGGACAUGCGUUCCCUAUCACCAUCUCGGUCGCCAUCCCCUUCCAAGGAACCGAAAUUGGAUGACUUCCACCUAAUGCUAAACUUGGAGGGCAGCGAACUGCGUACUCUUCGCAAGAACAGCGAGGAGCUGGAGACGGUCCUAGCUGCGAGUGUUAGGCAACGAGAACUGGACCUGGAGGCACUGGAGAAGCUUAACAAUGCCAACGAAGAGACAGAGCUGCGAGUCCUCAGUCCAACUGAUUCAGAACUGGAGAGAGUGGCUGCCAUGACACGGGAAAUGCCAGCACCGGAUCUGGAACGAACAAUUUCUGAGGUGGCCAGAGAUUUGCAGGAUGAACUGGUGGCAAGUGGCUUUAAGCGUUCCACCUAUGUGGGUGAAUCCCUUGACCUGGGAAGCGAGCAAUUCCAACGAUCCCGCAGUCCUUCGCCUAGAAUGACCUUUGAACAGGCCAGGGAACAGGCGGCUGCCCAAAGAGAACUCCAAGCAGUCAUACUAGACUCCAUCACCGACAAUCGACUGGGAGCCAAGCCCAAAACAUAUUCGGAGGAGAGAGCUGCAGCUGGAUGCCAGGAAAUAACUGCAGCUCAAUUGGAUGACCUGCGUCAUCGCACAGCCGAAUUCCAGCGUUCGCGUAGCCAAAGUCGAUCUCCGCUCAGGGAAGAGGAGUUAACCCAGUUAAGGGACAUUGAUGCGGAGGCGGCCAAGCGGGAGCUGCAGGAUCAGGUUCUGGACAGACUGGCCGCCUCGAGUGUUAACUUUGAGAGCUUCUCGCGGCAUUUGAACGCUGACUUUUUGGACAGUGAGCGGCGCGCUUCGGAUUCGGCUUUGAUGGGCGAAAUGGAGCCUGAGGAAUAUCAUCACUUUCGACGCUAUUCGCUGGCCCAGGAGCAGCCUGUGGAGGAGUAUCCAAACGAUGACUAUGUCUACAUCUCACAGAUCGAAGUGCGAACUCUAACUGGGACCAGAACCUGGCUGAAGGAGGACUUUUACCCACAAGAUGAAGAUGAUUACUUGAAUGCCAAGGGUGAGGUGGUGGAUCAGGAUUCCUGGGCACGAGCUGUUCUGGCCGCUGAAGCCGAGGCUGCUGAAUUCGAUGCCACCAAUGCCAUCUACAGCUAUGACAUUGUCGGGGACCACGAGAAUCUAGAGCAGGAGAGGAGCAGCUCUAACGACAGCGAGGAUGAGCGUCAGACAGUGGUGGAGAUCGAUGAGGAUGACGAGGAUGAGUAUGAGUUCGAGCUGGAUGAGGGCAUCUCGGAUAACAAUGAAAGGACGCAGCCCACCGAUGAGUCACAUCAUGAUACCUCCGAGUGCGAGGAGGCGGAGAGGAAUGCAGAUCGCUAUGCCAAUCGCGGUGCUCAGGAUUGGGAGGAGGUUGAGGAUGUGGAGGAUUUCCUGGACUACAGCCUAGAUGAUGGCGCUGUGGGAGGAGCAACACCGUACUCCGAUCCGGACUCAUUCAUCGAGCAGAUCUACAACGAGGCCAUUAAGAACAGAAAGCAAUCGGGGAUCUUGAGGGACUACGAGACCAUGGUCCAGGAGCAACUGCCCUCGGAUCAGAGCGAAUCAGAGAAGGAAAAGUCGGGAUCGGACAGUGAGCGGUAUGCUCUGUGGGCCAAGACCCGGGAGUUGGAACGAUCUAGCUCCAAAACCCGACACACCGACGUGGAUGUAGCCCUGGGCUUGGUUCCAGAGAGCGAGCGACGGGAAUCGGAGAUGCGUUACCUGGGUGAUGCCCAUGUGGCUGCUCGUCAGUCCACCAGAUUGCGUACCCGUUAUGGAUAUAAUCCUAAGUUGGAUGUAGGCGCCGUUGAAGAUGACAUCGAUGUGGACAUGAAUUACACGCCCAAGAGGGAGUACAACUGGCGCAAGAACUUCCGGCUGGACGAUAAUGAUGAUGAAGUGGAAAGAAAUGGCCAGGAUAAAGUUGUUGAGACAGAAGAGCAAGAAGCCAGAGAUCAAUUUGAGGAGGAGUUGGAAUCGCAGGAUCGUUAUCAGGAUGAGGAGCAGGAUGAGUAUUUGUACACAAAUGAGGAGAAUGGCGAAGGUGCCAUUGGAGAGCCCAUGGAUCCCCGUCGUUACAGUCUUGGUGGAGAGAGCAUUACCCUCUUUAGUCGCAGUCCUGUUCGUGAAAUUCUAUCCGAUGUGCCCGAGGAAUUACCUCAGGAAGAAGAGGCACCUAAAGAGCAGCCCGAAGAGCCUGUUCCCCAUGAAGAAUUACCUGUUGAGAAGCCAAAAAAGAAGAAGAGCAAGAAGAAGCUGCGUAAGGGAUCAAAAACGGAGGAAGAACUUAGAGAUGACAACGAUUCGGACACACAAAUGGGUUACACUCGACGUAGAGAUGAUCAAGAGGCGACAGAGCCACCCAAGAGGAAGUCCCGCUCGCGGCGCAGCUCCAAGAGCAGUCUCACCAAUGAGGAGGCCAAUGGUUCAGGACUCUUCUCACCCCGAAGCAGUUUGGCUUUUGUAGGGGACUCCCUCGAAGGCAUAGCCGAAUUUGAGCGAGAUGAAGAGCAAUCCUCGUCCACCAAAAAGAAGACCAAGAAACGCAAGAAGACUUCGACAAAGGAAGGCAAAGAGGAAACCAAGGAAGAGACUCAGCAACAGAUUACAGAAGACUCCCACCUCGACAAGGCUUUGGCUGCUGCUCUGGCAGAGAUUGCUCCCGUAUCAGUGUCCACCAAUUUAACUCCGGAAUCCACACAGCAGAAUCUCCUCUCCAUCAUCAGUGCCGGGCAGAGUGUGUGCAUAACUCCAGCUUCAUCCAUCGAGGAGAUUGGAGGCACCUCUACUCUCUCUACAGCUUCGUCCUCCUCCAUUGUGACUACUGUGGCAACGGCUGCUGUGGUGCCAGCGCGAUCCGUGGUGGAUACCUUUGACAUACUCAAAGAUGCCAACUUCUAUCCGCUCUUCUAGCUUCCGCUCUGGUUUGAGAACUAACCCCGCCACAUGCCAUUGUUUCGCUUAUACUAUUUAUUAAUAUAUCUGUUUCUUAUAGACAUGUUCAUAAGCCAAGUCAAGCCCAGCACAAAUCCAGUCCCAAAACCGAGCACGCUGUACACGAAAUCAGUCCCAGUUCCAGUGCCCAGCAUCCAGCAUCUAGCAUCCGCUCCUCUGAAUGAUGGGAUCCCAGAGAUCCCGCACUGUAUAAACUAUGUAUUAUACUAACGACCCCAAAGAAAUAGCGAACCGAUUGAAGGAUUGUUUAUACCACAUACUCGUAGCUGUUAGUUUACUUAACGAUUUUUUGUCUUUAUAAAAAUGCCGAGAAUAAAAUGCCAACUGA